AUGACGCAAAUGGACGCAUCAAGGAAAGAGAGCAUCCAAGAAGAAGCACGAAGAGCGAAAGCAGUUGCUGUGGAGAAGUAUAAUGCGGGUGAUCUUGUUGGAGCCAAAGAAUUUGCUGUCAAGGCACACAGUCUUGAUACAGAACUUGGUGGUCUUCGCUGUCUCAAUACAAUUCUUGAUGUGCAUAUGGCUUAUGAGAAGAAAAUCAAUGGUGAAGGUAAUUGGUAUACUGUUUUAUCGGCAGACCCAACUGAGGAUCUUGGAACCAUCUCGGUACGUUAUAAAAAAUUAGUUAGGAACAUGAUCUAUGACCGUGACGACUCUGUUGGUGGGGUUGAUGAAACACAAAAGAUAUUGGUUGAUGCAUGGCGCUACUUGAGCAAAGAAAAGUUGGAGCAGGCCAAGGCACGCAAAGUAAUUCCACCUUCACGAAGAUGUGUUAGGUUUAAUUAUGUUGAAACUCCAUUGAAUGCUUCAGGUCCUGUAAACCAAUCAAGUAGCAUUAGCGCAGGAGAAAGCAAAAGAAAGGGACCUCCAUCAACAGAUCAGUUUCAUGUUCACGAGUUAACAAGAAUCGACAACGACGCAGGGAUCAGACAUGAUAGUCUUGAGCUUAUGCCAAAUAUGCUUGGAAGUGAUUUGGUUGAUAAGGCUCCAAGUAUGAUCAAACUGAGGAUUAAAAGGUCUGGUUCUUCUUCUCUAGACUCAAAGAAGUACGAUGCAGCGAAAAGAGUAAAGAUUAAUGAAACCAAGAACACUACUCAUAUGGUGAAUGAGGAUGAGUAUAAUGUGGUGGUAAUGAGUGUGCCGGAUGCUGAUUACUACAACUUCGACAAGGAUCGGACUCUAGCUUCGUUUGGAGAAAACCAGGUAUGGGCUGCUUACGAUGAUUACGGAAUGCCUCGGUGGUAUGCAUUGGUCCAUAAGAUUGUCUCUCAAGAACCGUUCGAGUUGUGUAUUUCUUGGCUUGAUGGCAAGAAUAAGGGAUAUACGGGUUCAAUGAAGAAGUGGAUUGAUUCAGGGUAUUACAAGACGAGUGGGUGCUUCACAAUCGGGAAACGAAACGUUUGGGCUCUUUAUGCAAAUUGGUCACCAUCUUGGGAUAUUUCAACUUCAGUAGAAGAAAUGAACAAGUAUGAUAUGGUAGAAGUGCUUCAAGAUUUCGAUGAAGAAAGAGGUGUGACAGUUGUACCGCUAGUUAAAGUCCCAGGAUUCAAAACUGUGUUUCGUCGCCGUUCGAAUCCGAGGACAUACCCAAGGAAAGAACUGUUCAGGUUCUCGCAUCAAGUUGCUUAUCAAUUACUUACAAGUAAAAAAUGUAAGAAUGCUCCUACAGAUUGCUUGGAGCUUGAUCCAGCAUCUUUGACACAUGAGCUUCUCAAAGUUCUCACUGAGGAGGAUGAGAGAAUUGGAAUAAACAAAGAGGAGGAAGCUGAUUUGGUUAGUGGAAACUAUUAA